UGCUUCCCUCCACCGCCGGGAGCCGCCGCCGUCGUGCGCGCGAAGAUGGCGGGCCUGGCCGAGGCGGCCCCGGGUGGUGGGGAUGGCGGCGGCGGGGCAGGACCCCGCCGGGGCUCCCCGCCGGAACCCUUGCCACUACUGUUGCAGGCGGAAGGCGGGCAGCCGCGGCAGAGCGGCUUAGCCAGCGGCGGCGAUAGGCAGUCUCCGCCUCGCACCGAAACGCUGGGCUUCUACGAGAGCGACAGACACCGCAAGCAGCAGCAGCCGUGCCGCGCGCCCUCUGAUCUUUCUCUACUGAGGUUUAUCAAUGCAGAACUAACAAGAGGUUACUUCCUUGAACACAAUGAAGCCAAGUACACAGAACGGAGAGAGAGAGUGUAUACAUGCAUGCGAAUACCAAGAGAAUUGGAAAAGUUGAUGAUUUUUGGAAUCUUUUUGUGCCUGGAUGCUUUCCUUUAUGUAUUCACCCUCCUCCCAUUAAGAGUUUUUCUGGCAAUGUUCAGGUUCAUCACACUGCCUUGUAGUAGCUUGCGCUAUCACCUAAGGAUGGGCCUAAGGAUGAGCGAUAGACGCCUGCUGCAGCCAGCCCAGGUGUGUGAUAUUUUCAAAGGUGUAAUACUUGUAAUUUGCUACUUCAUGAUGCACUAUGUUGAUUAUUCCAUGAUGUACCAUCUGAUAAGAGGACAGUCUGUAAUUAAACUCUACAUCAUCUAUAAUAUGCUUGAGGUAGCUGAUCGUUUAUUUUCAUCUUUUGGACAAGAUAUCUUGGAUGCUCUCUAUUGGACUGCAACAGAACCAAAAGAAAGGAAAAGGGCACACAUAGGGGUCAUUCCCCAUUUCUUCAUGGCAGUGCUGUAUGUCUUCUUGCAUGCUAUCCUUAUUAUGGUCCAAGCAACAACACUCAAUGUAGCCUUCAACUCCCACAAUAAAUCACUUCUUACUAUCAUGAUGUCUAACAAUUUUGUGGAAAUAAAAGGAAGUGUUUUCAAGAAAUUUGAGAAGAACAAUUUAUUUCAGAUGUCAAACAGUGAUAUCAAAGAGAGAUUCACCAAUUAUGUGCUGUUACUGAUAGUUUGCCUAAGAAAUAUGGAACAAUUUUCAUGGAAUCCAGAUCAUCUGUGGGUAUUAUUCCCUGAUGUCUGUAUGGUGAUUGCAUCAGAGGUUGCUGUUGAUAUUGUGAAACAUGCUUUCAUAACCAAAUUCAAUGACAUUACAGCUGAUGUUUACAGUGAAUACAAAGCCAGCCUUGCCUUUGACUUUGUUAGCAGUCGACAGAAAAAUGCAUAUACAGAUUACAGUGACUCUGUUUCCAGGCGAAUGGGCUUUAUUCCACUCCCACUGGCUGUUUUACUCAUUAGAGUUGUUACAAGUUCUGUAAAAGUCCAAGGGGUCUUGUCCUAUUCCUGUGUUAUUCUUUUCUGUUGUGGUUUAAUAUCACUUAAGGUACUCAACAGCAUUGUUUUGCUGGGAAAGUCCUGCCACUAUGUCAAAGAAGCAAACAUGGAAGAGAAGUUGUUCAACCCACCUCCUUCCAGCACCCCAGGAAAAUCAGUCGGCAAACAGAGCAAGUACAAGUCUCCUCAAGGACUUUCCACUGAGGAAGGCUUCUCUGCUUCAGUGACCAGUCAGCCUGUGCACCCAAAGGAAAAUAUAGCUCCCCAACUGGUGACAAGUCCCUCUGACCAGUUUCUGACCACUCCUGACGGAGAUGAGAAAGACGUAUGCCAAGACAACGCAGAAUCCAAAUUCAGAUCUACAAAGAAAGAUUUGCUGGAGAUAGACAGGUUUACCAUUUGUGGAAAUCGAAUUGACUAGCAGACUGUGAGUGAGAGACUGAGCAGUUGGAACAGGAAGAGCUGUCAGUGACAGACAGAUGCCAAAUAGGCAUACCAAUAUUUAUUUAAAACUUAAAUUAUUAAACAGCAAAUCUAUUGACGGGGUGUAAGUUGGCUUAAAAAUGGAUCAAGCAUCAGCUUUGUAACUUUGGUAUUUUGAAAAAUGGAAUGAGUUUU